AUAUAAUUUACUCUUGAUCUGAACUUUUGAUUCCAGUUAAUCGAAAUAAGUACAGUAAUUUUAUUUUCUUCACAAAUCUAAUCGAUCUCUCGUAUCUUUCUCAAAUUCCCAAAAAAUCGCUUCGAUCUUUCAUUUCUCUCUCGCCAAUACCAUCCCUCAUCUCUCAAUUCUUCGAAACUGUUUUUCAUUUCUUAGAAUUUAACCAAUAUCAAUUCCAGAAGGAAAAUUCGUUUCCCGUUUUUCUUGAGAUGAAGAUCGAGGAGUUGGGUGACGUGGAGAGUGAUCGGGAGAAGCAGCUGCAGAUAGUUAGAGUCGACGAUGCGAAGAGAGUUCUGGUCGGAGCGGGUGCUCGGAUCCUGUUUUACCCGACCCUUUUGUACAAUGUCUUCAGAAACAAAAUCCAAUCUGAAUUCAGAUGGUGGGACGAAGUUGACCAGUUUCUUUUGCUGGGGGCCGUUCCGUUUCCCAAGGAUGUUCGACGUUUGAAGCAGUUAGGCGUUGGUGGGGUGAUCACUCUCAAUGAACCUUUCGAAACUCUGGUUUCCACUUCAUUAUAUCAUGCUCAUGGAAUUGAUCACCUAGUAAUUCCAACGAGAGAUUAUUUAUUUGUUCCUUCAAUUUCAGAUAUCAGUAGAGCUGUGGACUUCAUUCGUAAGAAUGCAACUUGUGGUAGUACCACCAUUGUGCUUUGCUACUUGGUAGAGCAUAAGCAGAUGACACCCGCAGGUGCCCUUGAAUAUGUUCGGUCUCGAAGACCUCGAGUUUUGCUUGCCCCCUCACAAUGGAAGGCAGUUCUGGAGUAUAGCAGGCACCGCCGGCCAGUUACUUUGCACUCUCCUUCAGUGGAUGCAGUUAUGAUUACAAAAGCUGAUCUUGAAGGCUAUCAUAGUACUUUUGAUGAUAUUACUGGUAAGGAGCUAGUAGUUGUGCCCAGAAUGGUGAGAGCCAGGCCCAUGAUAGCUAUAUUGUCGUGCCUUUUCGCAUAACUGAAAGUUUCUGGUGUUUCUGGACCUGUGACUUGGAGGCUGCCUGAAGCACGUGCUUGCUGAGUCUGCUGCUCCUUCAGAACAUUUUGUGGUUGUUGCUUGUACAGAAAAAACAAAUAAGUAUAGAUUGUACAGGUCUGAUAAAUAUCUGUUUCCAGUAAGUGUGUACCAAAGAACACAAGGAAAACUAUUAAACAAAGAAAGCUAGAAGAGUUCUUCAAUGAUAAUUGAUAUUUAUAACAUGGUAUCAAUUAUACAAUCAGCUGUGCUGUUUUAUA